AUGGGUUUCAAGCUCAAAGGGAACUCUCCUAUAUACUGGGCUUCACCAUGCAAGUGUAAGAGCUCCUCGCAGCGAUCAAACGGAAGAAAAGCUAAUGGAGGAUGGAUCAACAUAUCGAUCAUCGUUGAUCACCUCCGGAGAGAGCUCAACGCGAAUAACAAGCUUGGUGUAGCCUGCGUAUAUUGCAAUUCUAAGGAUCAAGCUCGCCAGACCGUGGACAGUAUCCUGGCUAGCCUUUUGCUGCAGCUGGCUGUCGCCCGUGGGGGUCCUGUUGAUGAUGAGGUGAAAGAACUGCGCCAGAAUGAUGACCAGAAGCAUACACAUCCAGAUGUUGAUGAAGUUCGCAAGGUACUCUACCAUGAACUCCGCAGAUACUCAAAAGUCUUCCUCAUUGUGGAUGCCCUGGACGAAUUGGGGACGAAGCUCGUGAAGAUAUACCUUGAGAAGGAACAAAAGGACUGGCUCAGGGAUGCUCCAGGUAUUGCAACAACCUGCAUCGAGUCAUUUUUAACAAUAGGCCACAGCCUGAAGGAGCAACUAGCGGGUUCUCCUCUCGUUGUCUAUGCUGCUGAGCAGUGGGGAUCCCAUGCGCGACAGGAACUUGAUUGGAAAACCGAGAAAGACGCGAGUCCUAUCAAGGAGCAAGCUCAGGAACUCCUUGAGACGAGUCAUAAACUGCAAUGUGCAAUCAAAGUCAUGAGCCUUUCGCAAUACAGCCUGCAACGGAGGAAGAAUGUCACGAAGUUGCACAUUGUCGCAUACUUUGGAAUCGACCAAUUGCUGAAACGUUUGCUCCGAGGGAAACUGGCCAUCAACGCCAAAGAACACCAUGGAACGAUAGCUCUACACUGGGAGGUACGAAAUGAGCACAAGGCUAUGGUGACAUCAAUGGUCAACAACAAGAGCACUAACAUCAAUGCCAAAGAUAGUUAUGGAAGAAUAGCGCUGGAUUGGGCAGCGCGGAGCGCAAAUAAGGACAUAAUAUCGCUCCUGUGGCAAAAUAAGGGGAGGCUGAGGAAACGGCUUAGGAGCCGAUCAACCACCAUACAGGAUAAGCACGGAGCUACGCCACUGCACUAUGCCACCAGCAAUGCUAUGGAACGAUCGUGGGAAUGCUCCUGGAAAAAAGAGACUAACAUCAACAAGAAAGAACGAGGCGGAAGGACUGCGUUAUCCCGAGCGAUUGAGAAUGGAUCCCAGGAGAUUGUCAAAAUGCUCCUUGACAAGAAAGUCAACGUUGAUCGUGCUUAUAGACUUCCUGAAUUCGAGGACCGUUGCGUGCGAUAUGGGACCAUUCUUCGGAAAAAAAUCCACGCGCUUCUUACCAAUGGGGAUAAAGAUGAGGCCGAAGGGCACUGGCUCCUUGCUUUCGCCAUUUAA